AUCAUGUCUCAAGCUGUAUUUUCAGGGGAAACCAAUCUUCUUCUCCUCCUCCUCCUCAUCAUCAUACCUUUCCUAUUCUAUAUCCUCAAGCAGUUCAAAACUUUUCUUAUAUCCAAAUCCCCAUCGAUUCCACCAGGUCCAUUUCCAUGGCCAAUUAUAGGCAACAUUCUUCAAAUAGGAAAUGAACCUCACCUAAAUUUGACAAGCUUAGCUCAGACAUAUGGUCCACUCAUCUCCCUUAGAUCUGGUAACCAGCUUCUCAUCGUUGGUUCAUCGCCUACUGCUGCAAUGGAAAUCCUCAAAAAACAGGAUCGCAAUUUAUCCGGACGACAUGUUCCUCAUGUUACACCAGCUAAGGAUCUUGAACUCAAUAAACUUUCACUUGGAUGGGCCAUGGAGUGCAAUGAUUAUUGGAGAAAUUUGCGUACCCUUUGUCAAGGAGAGCUAUUCUCAAGCAAAGCAAUGAGGAGUCAAGCUUGUAUAAGAGAGAAAAAGGUGAUGGAAAUGUUGGAGUUUAUAGGCAAAAUGGAAGGUCAAGUAGUGAAUAUAAGAGACCUAGUGUCUGCUGUUGUGUUCAACAUGCUUGGUAACAUUAUGGUCUCCAGAGAUCUUAUUGACUUGGAAGAUGAAAGUCUAAAUAUUGGGGAGAUGAAUAAGCUUGUGUGGGAAUUUGUAGAGGUUGUUUCUAUUCCUAAUAUAUCCGAUCUGUAUCCUAUACUAGGUCCAUUGGAUUUGCAAGGAUUAAGAAAGAAGUAUAUGAAACUCCAUGAAAGGAGCCAAAAGAUAUGGGGUGAAAUUAUCAAAGAAAGGAAGGAGAUGGGAAAGACUGGCAAUGCUUCAAGUCAAAAAGAUUUUCUUGAUGCUCUCAUCGACAAUGGUUGUCCUGAAGAACAAGUCAAUAUUCUGUUUCUGGAGCUAUUUAUUGCUGGAACAGGCACAAGUAGCUCAGUAAUUGAGUGGACAUUGGCAGAACUAAUCAGAAAUCCCAGAUGCUUGAAGAUUGUUGAAGAUGAACUUAGUAGAGUCAUCUACGAAGAUUUCAUAACAGAAAUACAUACAUCCAAUUUAACAUACCUUCAAGCUUGUAUCAAAGAAGCAAUGAGAUUGUACCCUACUUCACCAUUUCUACUCCCACAUAGAGCUGUUGAGUCAUGCCAAGUUAUGAACUACACCAUUCCGAAAGACUCAAUGAUUUUGGUGAACAUUUGGGCAAUCGGACGAGACCCCAAUUACUGGGAAGACCCAUUAGUAUUCAAACCCGAGAGAUUUAUAAACUCAAGCUUGGAUUUCAAAGGAAACGAUUUCCAAUUCAUACCCUUUGGUUCAGGGAGAAGAAUGUGCCCAGGCGCAGCUAUGGCUACCAAACAUGUUUCCUUGAUUGUUGCUUCCCUCAUACAUUCCUUUGAUUGGUCUCUUCCACAAGGAAAGGAUCCAAAGGACAUGAAUAUGAAUGGAAAAUAUGGCAUUGAUAUGGUGAAAGAAGAGCCUCUCCUACUUAUUCCCAAAACUAAAAGUGAAGGUAAAGAUUGUUAAUCCAUCUAGCCUAAUUAACAUAUAAUAUGCAACUACGCUAGUAUGGACCCUCUUUUUAUAUUAAAAUUUUAUUUGUCUAGGCAGCCACCGAACUGCCUCCACAGGGACACAUCUUGAAGCAUUUAAAAAAUAAUAAUAAUAAAGAAGUUUGCAUUUGUCUUACAUUUCAGUUGUACCAUAAACUGUAUGUUUCAUGUGACAAGACAAUUUUCAAAUUUUAUGUAAUUAAGACGUAAAUCUGGCAAGUUAUUAUGUUAUUUCA